AUGGUACCAUUAACACACAUGGAACGAAAUUCAACAUAUUACUGUUCGGAGUUUACUCUUCAAAUUAGAUAUGAAUUAGAAUUUCAACAACUUGAACAUUAUGAUUUAAGUCAAUCAUAUGAACAACCAUUAAUGAGUAAGCGUUUGCAGAGACAAGAAGAGUCAGCAUUACCACAACUACCAUAUUUCUAUUCUUUGUGGAAAACAUCAUCGAUUCUUCCACGUUUAAUGACACCAUGCGAACAUCAAGUAUAUGUUCACUUAAUGAAAACAUUUGAUGAAAUAUGUCGAAAAAACGAUAUAGAAUAUAUGAUUACUUAUGGUACUUUAUUAGGAUCAUACAGAAACCACGACAUAUUACCAUAUGACGAUGAUGUCGAUGUAUUGAUUCACGUUAAGUAUUAUUCACGCUUAUCAAAAAUUAACAAAUUAUCUAAUAAUACGGAUUGGAAAUUUUACCUCAAGUCACCUAAAAAUAUGAAAUUUUAUUUUCGUGCAUCUCCAUCGGCUGGAAUUUAUAAAUGGAAAUGGCCAUUUAUUGGUAUUGUUUUUUAUACAGAUAAUAGUACACAUAUUAAAUCACAUAUCUACAUUAGAAAAGACAUAAUAUUUCCAUUAGUGUUACGUCCAAUCGCUGGCCUUUGGUUACCUGGACCGCGUAGUGUUCAGAAAUUGUUCGAAGAAAUAUCAAAAUAUUAUUAUUCCAAUUUUUCGAUCGAUAAAAAAUGUUACUUACAACCAUAUUCGCAUCGAGAAGAGAGAAGAAAAUAUACACGGAAAACUGUUCUUUGUAAGAAACUACAUAAUGCUUAUCCGUAUAUUCGACGAACUUGUGAAGGAGAAUACUGUCAUGAACAUUAUAUGUUAAAUAACGAAACAACAUUGUACGUUCUGAAAAUGAUUAAAGAUUAA